AUGCCGUUUUGAUUUGAUAAAAGUACUUACUCGAAAAAAUGGGACGUACAAUCUUAGCCGACGAAAGAAUACAAGCAUAUGUCGAGAAUCUACUUCAGUCGAAGACAUGGUUUUUAGGAGUUAUUAUUGGAAAACUGACGAGCCAAAAGGACUUUGCAGUUCACCUUGUGCGGACCCCAGAGCCAUUGGAUGACCAGGCGAGUAGCGAUGAUGACGAAGCUGCUACAGUCUCAGAGAGGAAGAAACGUCGCAGGUCACAGACAAAGCCUUCAGAACUUGGAGACAUGCAGGAGCAAUGGGCAGCCACACAUGCCAGACAGGUAACCAUGAUGCUGCCCGGGGGACUGAAUGUUAUCGGGAUAUUCGCAGUCGCCCCUCCCGCGAUGAUGCAAGCUGCUCAGAGCAAACUCAGACAGGUGUUGUUUGCGAUACAAAAGCAGGAGAAGAAAUCUCAGAUGUCAGAGCUGGGAGACAGUAUCGGGGACCGAAUCCUCCUGCAGAUCUGUUCCAGCACCAGAAAAUACACAUGCCGAACAAUAGAUGUAACCGACACAAAGAGCACAUUCAGACCAGCUGAGUGGAAGACCCAGGGAGGGCAGGAGAGGUGGCAGCGUCUUGAGACCCAGAUGGCUGUAAAUAUUCCAUUGAACAUUGCUCAGACCUCCCGGCAGACUGGCCUAGCUAAACAGAUACAGGUUGGCCUUCAGCCCUACAUUGGUCGUGUGUGUACCAGUCUAAUCUUGGUGGAUGACAGUCUACGACAGGAAGUAGAUGCACUUGACCAGUCUACAGAGAAGCGGGGAAAAUCAAGGGACAAGGUCACAACAGAGAACCAGUCGGCUCAUAAAUGUAGUGUGCUCUUGAAACAGGGCACAUCUGGAGAUGUACCAGAACCCAGUGUUAAGGUUUGUUCAACACAGCUCGUCAUCAAGGGCACACUCCAUGGAAGAGCGUAUGUCACUUCAAAGGCGACAGUAGCUGAUGCCCAGAACUCGAUGCGUACAGACAUUGUGCGGAGUGUGCUGUCCAGAUGUGAGCUGCUCUCGGACGAUAUCCAAGUUGUGGAGGAGGAUGUAGAGAGUCACGAGGUGUACAGCACACCAAGGCGAGUGUUUUUCCCUCUGCCAGGUACCAGUCUACAGCUGUGUGACUACAUGUUUCAAGAUGAGAAAGCAUCUGAGGUUAAAGGUCGUGUACGGGAACUUCUCGACCUAAAGCUGGAAGAUGAUGACCUUGACUUCACGCAUGAGCGACCUCCAACGGAGGAGGACUGCAGCCAACUGGUUGCCACGGAGACAGAGUCAGGAGAGGUAAAGGGAGACAACUCCAACGGUGCCCCGGGAAUGAAAUACUACAUGAUGGCAGGGAUUGGAGCAGUUACAGCAUUCUUGGCAGCUGGUCUGUCAUACAUCUAUGGCCAGGAUACAUGAUGGUCUUUUAUUCAUCUACAGCCAUGAUUCAUGAUGGCCACCAGAAUUCUGGGCACUUUUUCUGCAUCAUGCGUUCAAAUUGACUGAUUUCGAUGCAAUAUAAGCUAAUAUAUGUUCAGUAAAUGAAAAACAAAUGUUUCCUCUGCAAUAUAUGUUUCACUUUUUGUGUAUGUAUCUUAAUUGUUAUACCAGCGACCCCAUCAAUACACUCGAAGUUUCGUAUCGUAUCAUACUUUCUUGCAUGAUUAAAAUGUUGUUAUUUGCUAAUGUAAUGUGAAGUUUGUAAUAUAUUGGUUAUUGGCCAUUAAAAGGUUUAAUGAUGUUAA